ACUGUCGAGCAAAUAAGUAAAAUCACACAUUCGUUGGCACUUUCGCUCUUAUUGUCUCGCAGCUGCAAAGAGGCCAAUCAGGGAUUAUUAAGACAGUAACGUAUGCGGGGGAUUUGACAGCGAAUGCGGGUUAACUAAACUUCAUGAUCAGUUGUAAUGAUGUGGCUGGAAAACAAUUCAACUAGCAACUGAGCACAGCAAAACAGAGAGUAAAAAGAAUAAAUGCGGGUAAGUAUGACUGCGCGGCAGUAAAGGUUGACAAAGUUGGCUUAUUUAAUGGGGUUGUGGUCGUUAUUUUGUUGGGAGCAGCGACGGCUACGUCGACUUGAGUAGUAAGCGUGGUGAUUCUGAAAUAAAUUACUAGUGAGCGGCGGAUACGCAUUCAGUCACAAACGACCCCGCGACGCGCAUCGCUGAACACGCAAAAUAUACGCGAAGCUAACGAACGAACCAAAACGAUAAAUUUAAUCAUUUUUUCUACCCCAAUUUAUUUACAUACAAACUUCAAAUUUACUUCAACUUCAAAUUGAGCGCGUUAAACAAAACCAAUUUAAUACACAGAGGAUGGAUGACUCACUAGCAUAAAGGAGCGUAAAGUGUUUAUGAAAAGUCACGCUACAAUAGCAUCGAAAUAAGCGCGUAAAGUUAAGUGAUCGACAACCUACAAAACCCGGCCGACAAGUAACUCGACUGUUACCAUUCAUCCUCGCCAUCACCAUCAGUUGCCACUUACCACAUUAGCUUACCAGACGCUUUUUAUUCGUUCAGCUUCUUUUGACGCUCCUAAAAAUGCAAUCCACGGCUAAGAAAUGGAGUGGAAUCACUACCGACGAUCGCCGUUUACUACGUUGCAUCCUGCUCGAACUGAUCAUCUUCAUGGUGCUCGGCUUACCGAUACUCAUUUGCGAGUUCGUCAUAGAACCUUUUCGUCGUGGAUUCUUCUGUAGCGACGAGACGAUACGUUAUCCUUUUCGUGACAAUACCGUUACGACGGUUAUGCUCGGCUUACUCAUUACCCUCCUGCCGGCCACGGUGCUAAUCGGUGUGGAGUUUACGCGCUUCUAUCGUUGUGGUCGCGUGAGAGAAUCAAGAUUGCUUUUUGGCUGGAAUAUACCCAUUUGGAUGGUGGAAUUUGUCAAAUAUGCGAUCCACUUCACUUUUGGCGCCCUACUAACUUUUGAUGCAACAGAACUGGGCAAGUUCACAAUUGGACGCUUGCGUCCACAUUUCAUAAGUGUGUGUCAGCCGCAGCUGGCAGAUGGUAGUAGUUGUGAUGCGCCGCAAAAUCUUCAUCGGUAUAUUGAGAAUUACGUUUGUGUGGGCAACGGUUACACAGCGGAUGAUGUGCGCCAGUCAAGGCUUUCAUUUCCCAGCGGCCACUCGAGCCUUCUCUUCUUCACCAUGACUUAUCUCACCAUAUACUUGCAAUACAAGCUCACCUGGAAUGGUUCCAAGUUUGCGCGCAAUUUUCUGCAAUUCGCUUUGCUCAUGUUGGCUUGGUUUACGGCACUAUCGCGCAUCAUGGACAAUUGGCAUCAUUGGUCUGAUGUGUUGAGCGGCUCCUUAUUGGGUGUGGCAGGUGCUGUGCUAACUGCGCUUUAUAUCACUAAAGAUUUUAGUACGCCACUGGAGCGCUUGCACGUCAACUUGCCGCGCCAGGAUACGAGCACAACACUGGACGAGAUUGCCCCAACGCCACCUCCUUAUACGCUGAGGAAUGGAAAAAGCAGCGAAUCGUCGUUGAAUAGGAAUAGCACGAGUAGCUUUGGCAAUGAUCAGUUUUGUACGAAAGUGUGAAAAGUGUUAAAUGCGUUGGUGAGAAUUUAAGUCUAAGAAUAACUGUGGUAACUUUAAAAAAUGUAAAAGAAAUAAAUAUGGCUGAGCACAAUAGGAUAGAAUCUUGUAGAGUGCUAGUUUGUAUGUAAAAAACCUAAAAAUAUUGGUAACAAUUUGAAAUAUAGUGACAGUUUAAGAAGUGGGAAGAAUUUAUAAACUGAAGAAAGAUUAAAAAAGAAAAACUGUACAAAAUAGAACGCACUUUUGAGAAGUGAGAAAAGUUCGAAAAGUCGGAAGAGUUUAAAAACGGGAACAAUAUCAAAUUUGGGAACAGUUCGAAUAUGUGAACAGUUUUAAAAGUGAGAACAGUUUUAGAAGUGGGAACAGUUUAAAAGUGGGAACAGUUUAAGAAAUAAGAAAUGUUUAUUAAACUAAAUUAGUUUAACAUUUUGAAAUUAUUCUGCAUUGUUUUGGAAGUGAGAACAGUUUGAAAAAUAGGAAAAAUGCAUGAAAAGAGACGGGUUUAAAAAAUUUAUAAUAUAUUAUUGGGACUUGUCAACACCUUUGAAAAUCAGAACAGUUAUAGAAGUGAGAACAGUUUGAAAAAUAGGGAAAGUUUGUGAAACUAAAGUAUUUUAAAAUAUUCAAGUUAUUGGACAAUGAUAAUGAACUUUUGUGAAUUGUUACAUAAAUACAUUCAGAUCUGUUCUCACAUAUUGUUUAAGUAAAUAAGACAGCGAAGUUUGUAAAGUGGCAAAUAGUCAUUGCAAAGUUUGCUGGUGACAUACAAAAGAUUGUAUAAGGAAAUACUACUGAAAACCCAAGAAAAGCUAAAACGUACGCAAUCUGUAUCAAUAAAACCGAAGCGCAGCUACUCUAAAAUGCACAGCCAAUAAAAAUAUGCCAAAGAAGUGCAAAUGAUGGGGGAGUAUUUUAGUAUUAAGAGUGAAAAAUGUAUAGUUUUAAAUACACCAACAAUUUAUUGCUCAUUGCGUUUUUUGCAAUAUUUAAUCUGUAGUUACAAACAUUUCCUUUGACAUUAUCUUACCUUUUGUAAAAUUUUUUACGCUCAUAGAUACAAUACAAAAAUGCAAAAUGAUGAAAAUAAUUUUAAGUUUUAUUUACUGAGAACCUGUUUUGUCGGAAAGAAAAAUACUUAAACAAUAAACAAAUGUUAAUUAGGUGUGUAGCCUUAAGAAUUAUUUACGAUUUGCUUACUUUUAUGUUCCUCAUAAGUUUAUGAUAAAUAAAAAUUAU